UAAGGAGCUGAAAUUGGAAGUCUCCUUUUCCUCGUUGACAUCGACCGUUUUCAGCCGCAACGAGACGCACAGUCCAACGUUGUUAACGUGAUCGAAGCAGAUGAAAGGCCACCGCAGCAAACAUGGCGGAUCCUCCGAAUCCUCGAAACCCUAGAUUCCGGUUUCCUCGUACUCGAACUCGGUCCCCCUCGGAAUCAUGCCGGUCUCGUGGCGGUCGGCACUCCCCCUGCUGCUGGUCUCUUCCCUCUUCUUCCUCGACGAGUGGAUCUCCACCCCGUCGUGCAGGUUCGUCCCGCGCGCGGACCGCGGCGAGCGCGACGCCGGCGCUGCGGAGGGGCGCGGCGAUCUGAAGGCGAUGAUCGUCUCCGACCUGCUCUUGGUGGGGUCCGACCACGGUUUGGUGGACACCUACUUCAGAGACUAUUACCUCAACAAGUUCUUCAAGAAAUCAUUUCAAACUCUCAAGCCUGAUAUGCUGGUGGUCUUGGGCGAUUUUUCUGCCAGAGGUUCAGAGCUGACGAGACGCAAAUGGGUCCCUGUACUUCAUCAAUUUCAUAGAUUGAUAGGAUCCCUUAUUACCCUCCCUUUCCAUGUCAUUUUGGGUGACAGGGAUAUUGGAGAAUGCACGGGACUAGAUUCUCAGUUGGUCGACUGGAUAUCCAGUCAUCUCCCUGGAUUAGAUUCAGCUGGUUGUGGUGCCUUUGAGAUGGAGAAUAUUACCUUCGUCUCUCUUAACAGUGUUGCAUUGCUUUGUGGCAACAAUGGCCUACGAUUUGGCGUGGAAGAAAUGAUAGAGAGGGAAAGCUCAGAUUUCAGGACCGAAAUGGAAGGGUCAAGAACAGAAAUGACCAAUGACUUAGGUUUAGAUAAGGAAAUGUCUCCAAACUUUGCAUGGAGAGAGAAUUCUAUGGCAUCUGGCUCUGGUCCUGUUCUCUUGCUUCACUUCCCAUUACACCCAACAGGAAGGAGCAGGAAUGAUGGGCAACAUUGUCAUCGGAAAGCUUAUAGCAACUCAUUGGUGGAUGUCAAUGUACUGCGGCAGAGGAGGCUUGAUGGGACUGGGCCCUAUGAGUUAUCUCACACUAUCCCUCCAAAUGCAACAGAAUACAUCUUCCGAGCUCUUAGACCAAGGAUUGUUUUUAGUGGGCACAGUCUUGAUUUUUGUGAUUACCGACACCAGGAUGGAACUCGUGAAGUAACUGUUCCACCCAUGUCUUGGCAUGCCAGGGAUGAUCCUGGAUUUGUCAUUGCCACAUUUAGACAAGGCAAAUCUGUAGGUGUCAGUCAUUGUUCGCUUGGUAGGCAAUCGUAUGUAUUCAUCUAUAUCUCCAUGUUGGUUCUGUUGAUGUUAAUGAGACUCUUAGUGAAGUUUUUGACAACAUUCCGGACUAUGAUGAUGGCUGUAGCUCUUCUGUAACAUUUCUUUUCACAUGAUUUAUAGUUUCUCAUUCUGAUUGUGGCUGUU